AGGAAAACACCUGUAUACAUUCCGAAUUCCUUUAGUUCAGAUGUCAGAGUACAAGUACAGUUUUGGUAUGGUGUUGAGCACAACAUUUGGUACCGCAUUCGUCAUGGGGGGUGAUUCAUGAAGUUUACCGGUAAGAAUAAGAGUAGAGGUAGGAGCAACACGAUAGGACGUGUUUUGUCGAUGGAAGUACAGAUAACCAACGAUGUUGGUAUCAACGCAGGUAGCCACUGUGGUAUCAAUCAGGAUGUGAGGAUUGAUUUGAACGUACUAUUAGAGACAUGAGGAUGGUUGAAUGGAACUCAAUGGUUUU